AAUCAGACGUACUGAGUCCCGCGCAAGUCAAUACGCUGCCUUUACUCGACUGAAGCUGUCCAGGGCACUUGAUAAGUGAAGGGUUGUGGUGCGUCCGCGUUAUUGCAGGGGAAGCGCGUAGCUGUGCAUGAUGGGCCUGGCGUGGGGAGUGUGUUGCCUGCUGGUGGUGGCGGCGGGGUCGCGGGCGGGAGUGGCGCAUCCUUCCGCAGGCCACACCUUCAACACCUCGGACUAUCUGCAGCAGCGCCGCGCCAUACUGGACCAGGAGGAGACUGACAUCUUGGGCCAGGGCCUGGUUCUCUCAGCGGAGGAGGAGGAGGUCAACAAAAUACUAAUGGCUGCCAAGGACGCCGAGAUGGAGGACGGCUUCCAGACCCUGGACUUCCUGCCCUCCAAGAACUUCAUGACUGUGAUUCAGCAGAUGGAGGAGUCACAGGUGUUCAAGAUUAUCAGGCAGAUGCCUAAAGGUGCGGGGCUUCAUUUGCACUACACAGCCAUGGCGUCACCUUUGUGGGUGGUGCAGGAGAUCACCUACUGGCCUAACCUCUACAUGUGCUACGACACCGACGAUCACCUCUUCUUCAGGUUCUUCGGGGAGCCGGACACAUCCUGCGCCUGGGAGUUGGUGAGCGACGUUCGAUCUAAUUACGUGGAUCCAAGCGAGUUUGACGCAGUGCUCUUCAGCAAACUCUCUCUUCUCACUGAAAACCCUGACGAGAAGUACCCGGACAUCAACACGGUGUGGGACGUCUUCCAAGCUUAUUUCGACACCAUCAAUGGCUUGGUCAUGUACCGCCCAGCCUGGGAAACUUACCUGUACCACGCACUUGGCGAGUUAGCUGACGACAACGUGCUCUAUGUGGAGUUCCGCGGCUCCCUUACCCCCCUGUACGAGCUGAACGGAACGAGGCUCACGGAGGAGGAGUCAGUGGCAGUCUAUCGAGACACAACCCAGCGCUUCGUGAAUGACAACCCGGACCGCUUUUUCGGAGCACGUUUCAUCUACGCUCCGCCAAGAGGCGUGGACAACGCCACCGUCCACGAGUACGUCUCCCUCAUGAAGCGACUCAAGAAGGCGUUCCCCGAUUUCGUGGCAGGAUUUGACCUCGUGGGGCAAGAGGACAAGGGCGAGCCUCUCAUCGCCUUCGUGGACGAGCUGCUGCAGCUCUCAGAGGCAGACAUCAGGGUGUUCUAUCACGCCGGCGAGACCAACUGGAUGGGGAUGGAGACGGACGACAACAUUAUUGACGCCCUGCUGCUCAACGCGUCGCGGAUUGGCCACGGCUACGCUCUGGUCAAGCACCCGGAGGCUAAGGCGCUGGCCAGGGAGAGGGACGUGCCCAUGGAAGUGUGCCCCAUCUCCAACCAAGUGCUCAAAUUGGUGGAGGACCUGAGGAACCACCCUGCGGCAGGCCUGGUGGCAGAGGGCUUCCCCAUCGUGGUGUCUCCGGACGACCCGGGGGCGUGGGGUGCCUCAGGGCUUUCUUACGACAUGUACGAGGCGUUCAUGGCUUUCGGGGGCGCCAAGGCUGACCUCAGGUUCCUGAAGCAGCUCGCCAUCAACUCCAUCAACUACAGCAGCCUGGACGAUGCUGCCGAGUAUGGUCUAAUGGACAAGUGGGUGGAGAAAUGGAACGAGUUCGUGGCCAAGGCGCCCACAAUCCUUGCUGACCGAGGCUGAUUCUCACACUUCCCUCACUCCUCCGCCUCCUCCAUUAUUACCUAUGCUCCCCAGUGAUUGCUUUAAAAAUACAUGUAUCGUCUAUCUAAAUGGAUCGUUCAUUGCCUGUUGUUCUCACAAGAUACAGGUCUGAGCACAGCGGUGCAUCAAUGAAGAAACACGUGGCCACACUGCAAGGGUCUUCACAAAUCAGGCAUGACACCACCAUCUGUUGACAUCGUGAAUAAUUUUGUGAAGUGCUUCCCUUUAUACUUUAAGGCGGGGAAGAGAUCUCAUCUGGUCCUGGGAAUUUCAUUUUCUUCAGGUUGUUAUGAAAAUGUUACUUUUUUUCCUUUAUCUUCCUGUAGAUACCAGGUGCACUUCAGAAUGAUUUGUAAAAAAGGUUGGCAUACCCUUCCAUCUCUGUAGUUCACACUAUCAAAACAAUGUAAAUAAGAACAUUGUAACUUCUGAAAUGUGACAUUG